GUAUGUUUUUACGUCCCGUCGGAUUUCAUAAUGAGCGAAAAUACAGAACAACGAGUGUGCAUUAAAUUUUGCCAUAAACUGGGAAAAACGGCUACUGAAACCUACCAAAUGUUAUUGUUAGCUUAUGGAGAUGAAACCAUGUCCCGUGCUCGCGUUUUUGAAUGGUUUAAACGAUUUAAAGAGGGUAGAACAACUGUUGAAAGUGAUGAACGUGAAGGACGCCCAUCAACAAGCCGCAAUGAGGAAAUGAUACAAAAAAUACGAACAGCAAUACGAGUUCAAACCAUAUUGACGACUGAUUUAGACAUGAGAAGAGUUGCAGCCAAAUUUGUACCAAAACUGCUCUCAGGUGAGCAAAAAGAAAAUCGAAAACAGAUCGCCACUGAUUUGCUAGAGUGUUCCGAAUCUGAUGAUUUUUUUUUAAAAUCAAUUAUAACUGGUGACGAGACUUGGGUAUAUGGCUACGAUCCAGAAACAAAGGUACAAUCUUCGCAGUGGAAGACACCUGAUUCACCACGACCAAAAAAGCUCGUCAAGUUCGGAGUCAAGUGAAGGUCAUGUUGACCGU